GGGGUGUUGGGUUUGUGAGGGAGUGGGAGGUUCCGGACUUAUCUGGGGAGUCGAGCGGUGUGGAAGGGGGAUUGAAGCAGCCGAGGGUUGAGGAUGUGGUUUCGUAUUUUGAGGCGUUUUAUCAUCCUCUUCCUGUGAAGGUUCUUCCUACUGCGUUUAGGUUCGUCAAGUGGGAAGAGUGCGUUCCUCGGGGGAAGGGGAAGGAGAAGAAGGCCUUCAUGAUCGGUCUCGCGACAGGCACCUCACCUACUGCCCCCGUUGUCGGAAUCCGAUGCCGUCCGUCCCCCGAUAACUUUGCAAAAUACCAACUCAACCUCAACGACCUCCUCGACGCGCUUUCAGGGGUUCUGCCGGGCGACGCGUACGCUGCGUGUAUGCUCAUCGCGCAGGAUCUAUACGAAGACGAGGAUGAUGAUUUCUGUUGCGGGAGGGCGUUUGGUGGGAGCAGGAUUUGUACAGUCAGUUCGUUUCGGUAUCGGCCGGCGAUGGAUGGGGUUAUGGGGGUUGAGAGGGGGCAUGGGUGGCCUGCGAGUCAUUGUGGACGGUUUGGGAGGGAGGCGUGUGAGUGGUGGGAGGAGCAGGAGGAGAUGGAGAGGGAGAAGGAUGGGGGAGGUGGGAUGGAGGUGGAUGGGAGGGGAGGUAAAGGGAAGGGGAAGGGGAAGAAGGAGGGCGGUGGUGAGAUUCUCGUUGAUUUGAGGAGGGUGAAGGGGACGGCUAUGGGCGCUGCUAUUUCUGCGUCGAGGAACGUUCUUGUGCCGAGGGAGGCAUCGCGGAAUAAGAAGCUGGCGGAGGAGGAUUUGUACGGUAUGUGGUUUUCACGUGUUGCGAGGACGGCGGUUCAUGAGGUUGGUCAUUGUCUUGGGAUGGAUCAUUGCGUUUACUAUGCUUGCGUCAUGCAGGGAACGGGCGGGUUAGGUGAGGACUCAAGACAGCCGCCGUACUUUUGCCUUGUUUGUGAGGCAAAGUUCAUAUGGGGUUUGGGGGAGAUGGGGGUUGUUGAGGGGGGGAGAGGCGGGAGGUGGAUGGAGGGGAGGAUGAAGGCUGUUGAGAGGGAGAGGAUGGAGGUUAUGGGGGCGUUUUGUGAGAGGUGGAAGGGAGUUGGGAUGUUUGCUGGGUUUGGGGGGUGGUUGGAGGCUCGGUUGAAGAGGGAGUUUGGAGGAAGGGACGAGGCGGAGGUAUCAAUACGUAUCUCGAAGGAAGUACGGGAGAUUGAGGUCAUCGUGAUUGAUUCAGAUUAG